CUUGUCUAAGAGUGGGAGGGAUUUGAAGCACAAAGGGAGGAGCUUGUCGUUUGGUUGGCUGAUAUGGAUGUCCACCUGAGUGCGGUUGACCAGCUGACAGGAAACACAUGUGAAAAACUGAAACAACUGCAGAUCUACAGAUUUGGGAUAAGCUACAGGCUCCUCCACCCCUGCUGGCUCUUCUGUCCUGCCCAGGUUGGCGCUCCUGGUGCCCCCUCGUCAGGUCCAGCAGUCCUACCGUCCAUCCAACAGCUCCUUCUCCCCUCUUACAGCCUCUAUGGGAGCUCCAUCUGUGGUGGCUACAGGCCUUACAGCUACAGCUAUGGUGGCGGCUAUGGUGGUGGCUACAGCCUGGGAGGAUACAGACACACACCUCACCUUGAAGACGUCCCCCCCAGCAGACACUAACUGGGCGAGCGAGGAGGACGACCACGUGGUGGCCAGAGGAGAAUAUGACUUGACAGCUGCUUCUCAGGAGGAGCUUUCUAUGCGAGCUGGAGAGAUGCUCAACCUCGCUCCUAAAGAGCUACAGCCCCGUGUGCGUGGCUGGCUCCUGGCCAGUGUGGACGGUGAGACCACAUGCUCGUCCCAGCCAACUACGUUAAGAUCCUCAGCAAGAGAAGAGACCGCCGGGCCACAGAUAUGAGAGGCUCGCUCAGGCCCAGCAGGCAAACACGCAGGCACCCCAAACAACCUCGUCUGCACAAAUACCCUAAUCUGUGCCUCUCCUGCAGCCCAUAAACGUACAGCAUCUACCCACAUCAUGUACAGUACUUGAAUGAUCCAUCUCGUCUUUCAGCUCAGUCUCGUCAGAUUCAUUAGGCUCAGCUGUGUCCCCCUCCUGUGUGCAGUUUCCUCGUUUCCCUCUGUGUGUAUUUAUAGUAGUGAUGGCCAAACAAAGCUUUCUGAAGCAUUGAAGCUUGUGUUGAAAAACGAUUCAUUACUGGAAGCUUUUUAACACAGUCCUCUCUGGUGACAUCUGGUGGUCAAAAAUAUGAAGAGCAGCUUGAAUCUACAAAAAAACUGAACUGCGUCAUUAUGAUUGCCCACUCUACACAGUGGAAUUCACAAUUCACAAUUGGACAUCACUGAUCACGUGACUGUGGCCAAACGAAUCAAGCAUCGACAGAGUGCUUCUGAAGCGGUGUGUUGGUGUUUUUUGACACACGCGCCGGAGCGUCAGCUUCAAGCGGGCCCUCACUAAUUUAUAGCAUUUGUCCUCUUGUGUGUGUUACUGGUCCGUCUGUGCUCCUCCAUGCUGUUUUUCCUGCUUGUCAUCCUUCGUGUUUUAACUCCAUUCCCUCGUGUCCAGGUUUGUUAUUUGGUUCUCAGCUUUCCCAGUUUAGGUUUUCUUAGUUUUGUUUCUC